AUGAUGCGGGAUCCGGCAAGCAUGUCCGACGGAGAGCUUGCCGAGUGGGCUGCGAGUUUGGAUGCCGACGCCAGGCGUCGCAUCCAGACCGCACUUCUCGUGGCUGCCGAGCGAUCCAUGGGCAGCAACAACUAUACUGCUGCUGCUGGCUCAAACCCGACCGGCGGCAGCAGCUAUAGUGCUGCAGCUGGCUACAACCCGACAGGCACCAACCAAGAGACGCUGCCCCUGCCGCCCCCGCCGGGUCAGCGCCGGCCGCGGUGCCAGAAAGCCUGCCCCAAUGCAGCUUACGGCCUCUCGUUUUGCCGUCUGUGGUGCAAGCGAAAGGACAAACCGCACAAGCGACGGCCACACCGAAGCCACUACUGCAGGCCCUGUCACGAAGCUGGGUACGGCGAAGACUCAGACCGCAGCACAUAG